GUUCCUCUACAUUUACAGAGGCUUGAGGAAGUUAGGUUCACAUUUUACACACAUGAAGAAGUUAGAUUGAAAGCCUAAUGAGUAAAUCCUCACUAACAAGGAGCGGAUGGAGGUCUUUGGCUAGGUCUAAGAGCAUGGUCAUGGGGGAGCUCUCUCGUGCCCCCAGCAGGCCGUCGUCCCCUAGCCUCCAGGAGAGAGCGCUGAAAGCCGGCUGGCUUAAAAAACAACGCAGCAUCAUGAAGAACUGGCAACUGCGCUGGUUCGUGCUCAAAACAGACCAGCUGUACUUUUACAAAGAUGAAGAAGAAACCAAACCACAGGGAUGUAUCCCACUGCAGGGCAGUCAAGUCAAUGAGCUGACAGCCAAUCCUGAAGAAACAGGGCGACAUCUCUUUGAGAUUGUUCCAGCAGCACAGGAGAAGGACAGAUCGGCUCUCAGCCAUGAGGCGUUCCUGCUCAUGGCAAACUCUCAGAAUGACAUGGAGGAUUGGGUCAAAGCCAUCAGACGUGUCAUUUGGGCUCCUUUCGGAGGAGGUAUCUUCGGGCAGCACCUGGAGGAUACAGUACAAUUUGAGAGGAAGUUUGGACCCCGGCUGGCCCCGCUGCUGGUGGAGCAGUGUGUGGACUUCAUAAGAGAACAGGGACUGAAAGAGGAGGGUCUGUUUAGGAUGCCCGGACAAGCUAAUCUUGUCAAGGAUCUCCAGGAUGCAUUUGACUGUGGGGAUAAACCUCUGUUUGACAGCAAUACCGAUGUCCAUACGGUGGCAUCCCUCUUGAAGCUCUACCUCAGGGAGCUGCCCGAGCCAGUCAUUCCUUUUAAUAAAUACGAGGACUUUCUAACCUGUGCACAGCUUCUGGUUAAAGAUGAAGAAGUGGGACUCAAUGAGCUUGUGAUGCAGGUGAACACACUUCCUCAGGCUAAUUAUAAUUUAUUAAAGUACAUUUGCAAGUUUUUAGAUGAGGUGCAGUCACACUCAGCUGAGAACAAGAUGAGUGCUCAGAAUCUUGCAACAGUAUUUGGACCAAAUAUCCUUCGACCUAAGCUGGAGGAUCCCGUAUCUAUGAUGGAAGGAACUUCUCAGGUCCAGCAACUGAUGACAGUGUUAAUCAGCGAACACGAGCGGCUGUACGCGGGUACGGUGGGAGACGUGUCCUCAGAGCAGACAGGAAGUUGUCCGCGGGGCCAGCGCAACAUGGCACAGUGGAUCUCUGAGGACGAGAUCAUCAACCACUCACCCUCAAGCCAGACAUCCAAAACGGCCGAGAGCGUGUGUGGCAGUGCCACAUCUUUGGACGUUACUGUAAGUGCCCUCAACACUGCCAAGAUGACACCUCAGGGAAAAUCUGGAUUGACAGUCAGCCCCAGUAAGCAGGCAAAGUCCCUCCCUUCCUGGAAAUACUCCUUCAAGGGCGGGGGCACACGCGCCCAGACGGCGAAAAUGGGGGGCUCGUCAGUGGACGUAUCCAGUCUGCCCAAUGCUGGUAACUGGUUGAUGAAUGGGCUUUCCUCUCUGCGGAGCCAUCGGAGAACGUCUUCAGGAGAACGUAUGGGGAAGGACUCAACCCUCUCACAACGACUGUCCACCUACGACAAUGUGACCUCUUCCAGUCUCAGCGUACCCAGUGUGGCCAGCACGCCCUGGUCCACGUCCUCCUGUGAGAUUUUAGUGGCCGACUCGGUGAGCAGUGACCCCUCAGGCCUGAGCUCUGUGAAGGCAGAGUGGUCAGUUGGUGGGUCUGUCCAAGGACAGGGUGAACAGAGGAGUUCAGAGGUCACAGAUAGCAGUGAAGCGUUGGAGAUGUGUGUGAGCAGCGCGGGGUGCAGCGAGAACGGAAACGCAGAAGGUACGUUGAACGUCACGGGAGAGAUUGACAACAGAACGAUAGCUCUUGAAAGUGAGACCAUAGAGCUGAAGGAUGAGCUGAAGAAACAGAAGAUCAGCUACGAAUUACGAAUACGAAAGCUAGAGGAGUCAAGAGCAGCUCUGCUUAACCACAUGGAGAGACUGGAGGAGGAGUUGGACCAAGAGAAGAAAAAGAAUCGCAUGUUGGAAAUUAAACUUCGCAACUCUGAGCGGGCUCGCAUAGACUCGGAGAACCGAAACCGCUUGCUUCAGAACGAGAUGGAGGAGUUCUUCUCCACUUUAGGAGAUCUAACCUUGGGAACAAGGACGAGCAAAAACUGACUGCUUGAACACAGAGAAUCUGUGUUUGUUGUAGAUAGAAUUUUGAAAUCUCUCUGCUCGUGCAUCACGAGUAUUCAGAGGUCAUUUUGUGCUGUUUUGUUACGGCGACUCGAUCAGCUGUUAUCGUGUGUAGCAGUUUCACUUUUUUCCUCUGCCGUCUUUGGUCUACAUUAUAACGAAUAUUUCAUCUGAACAUUCUGUUACUACACAAUAUUCAAUGAAAAUCUGCUCUUAUCAUGAGGGUGAGUAAAUGAGAGAAUUGGGUGUACUUUUCCUUUAAGGUGCGAUUCACUUACUUGCAGUUUUUACAAUAAUAAUCUAACAUCCACAGAUAAAACCAAAGCAUGAUUUUGACUGUUUUUGUCUCUCACACUGAUAGGUCAUUCCAAUAGCAUUGAAUAUCCUGUUAAUGCAUGGUAUAAGAAAUCCUGCUGAACUGUCUCUUGAUAACACUCACACAAUCUCUUUUUAUUUAAUAGGCUAUAUCUAUACCAUAAAUAUCAGUCACCAUACAGUCUGCAUCCUAUCACACUGUGCCUGACACUACAGAAAUAACUGUAAGUCAUUGGCUCAUUUAGAUGAAUCAUUACAGAGCAAAUCCCUUUAUUGUAGCUAAAAUGUGCACUAUGGAAUAAGAUGUUUUUGAAUGAAAUGAGGUGACAAACUGUACAACUACAAUUGUAUGAUGGCAAACCUCUGAAAGUCUUUUAAAUCAACUUUCUCAAAUGGAAAAAGAAAAGAUUUCAGCAGCAAGAUUGCCAAGUCUAUUAUUUAUUUAAGCUUAUUAAAGUAAACCUAGAACUAUUUCUCAGGUGGUGUUUUCUAAACACUCAACAAAUGAGUGUCUUAUGUUGUAGAUGAUGAAAUCAAGGCUGACGUAUACUUGAAUGUUACUAUAGUAGUUUUUUUUAAGAAUGCAUAUGAUCAUUUUUUCCUGUUGAAUGAUUCCUGUCUGCAGAAAGUGCCAAAGUAGAGAUCUUCAGAAAGUGGGAAUUGACAUCAAAUGAAGACUGACUAGCAGUAAUGUAAUAAAUUCAUGAUUGCUAUUGAA